CGGACCUCAGUGUGGCGGAUCUAGCGUUCAGCGGUGACAGCAGCUGUCGGAGCAGCAUGGACGACGUCAGUCCCCCCCGAGUCUGUGUUGGGCAAACGAAUCUCGGACGUGUUUAGAAGAAGCAGCGUUUAACGACAGGACACAUCGUUUUUUUUGUUUUGUUUUUUAAUGGCGACUCGUCCUAGCUCAAUAAUAACGUUAGUGUAGCGGGGAAGCUAACAGCUAGCACACGUUACUUAACCUGGAAUUUGGCGAAUUUAGGAACAAGAACCUGCUAACCAGUGUCUCUUUGGAAUAACUCGGGAUAUCUAAGCAGCAGGAGUCCGCAGGUGUCUGAGCCGGUGUCAGACUGUGCGAGCUCCCGGUGCCUGGUGUCACCGCCCGUCCUGUGGAUGAAUUCAUGAGCGGGCUCAGUGACAGCUGUGUGUAGUCCUCGGGAAUGGGGAAUGGAGUCCAGGAACAACGGGCAUCUCUUACACAAGGAGAAGUGCUGCCCCUGGCUUCCUCCAGUCAGUCAGAAGGCUUGAUGCACACUCGGACUGUCCUCAACUCGCUCUUCUCAGGGGCUUUAGCAGGAGCUUUGGCCAAGACCGCUGUCGCCCCAUUGGACAGGACUAAAAUCAUCUUCCAAGUGUCGUCAGCACGAUUCUCUGCCAAGGAGGCAUACAGGUUGAUAUACCGCACCUACCUAAAGGAUGGCUUCUUCAGUCUGUGGAGGGGGAACUCUGCCACCAUGGUGCGAGUCAUCCCAUACGCUGCCAUCCAGUUCUGUGCUCAUGAGCAGUACAAGAGGAAGCUGGGAAGCUACUAUGGCUUUCAGGGCAGUGUCCUGCCUCCCAUACCAAGGUUACUGGCCGGAUCUAUGGCCGGUACAACGGCGGCCAUGCUGACCUAUCCCCUGGACAUGGUGCGCGCUAGGAUGGCCGUAACACCAAAGGAAAUGUACAGUAAUAUCCUGCAUGUGUUUGUGCGGAUUUCUCGGGAAGAGGGCCUGAAGACGCUGUAUCGAGGUUUUGCACCCACCAUACUGGGUGUGGUUCCCUAUGCUGGCCUCAGCUUCUUUACCUAUGAGACACUGAAGAAGCUACAUGCUGAACGCAGCGGCCGCCCCUUCCCCUACUCGUACGAGCGCCUGGCAUUUGGAGCCUGUGCGGGUCUCAUUGGCCAGUCGGCGUCUUACCCCCUGGACGUGGUACGACGGCGCAUGCAGACUGCGGGAGUCACCGGUCACACGUAUGGCACCAUCCUGGGCACCAUGCGGGAGAUCGUGUCCGAGGAGGGGGUCAUCCGCGGACUCUACAAAGGUCUCAGCAUGAACUGGGUGAAGGGGCCUGUUGCAGUGGGGAUCAGCUUCACCACGUUUGACCUUACUCAGAUUCUGCUGAGGAAGCUGCAUCAGAUGGGCUACACGUCUCGAUAAUAGCAUAUCGACUGAUAUGAAAAGAAUUAUAGCGAUAAUGUUUUUUUUCCACAUCGCCCAGCCCGACGUGGUACUGUGUACCUGUACACACUGUUGUUGUGUACAUUUAAGUGCAAUAUGCUCAGUGAUUUGAUUUGUGUGGAUGCUGAUAGGUUAUUACGCUCUGUGCCCCUUGUGGACCAGGCCUGUGAGUGUAUUUAAGGAUCAGAGAGUUCAGAGAUACACAUACACACAUACACACACCCACACACACACUGAUAAGUCAACUGCCUUGUGUGUCCGCUUCCAACCAACACCCUCAAUUGCAAUGCAGGCUGCCACUCAUUUUCUACUGACUUUUAACAACCAUUUGGUUUGAUAAGAGUACAUUGUGCCCUCUUGAGAUUUGUUUUGAUUUGUGUACAUUUGUUUUAUAGAAUCAUACCAAAGGUUAGGAUUUGAGCUAGCUUCAAGAUGCUAUGAUGCUAGUGAUGUUAAUACAAAUGAGCACAAAAGAGAUAAAACCUUGCACAGAGGUAGCAGCAUCUUUACUUACAGGGAAUAGUGAGUUAUUGUUUGAGUUGAAGUUGUUUAAAUCUCUGAGUCAAAUUAUAUCUUUAAGGUAAAACUUUAAUGUGAAACUUAAUUCGCAGACUUUUAGUUGGAGUUAAGCUUCUGCACUGACAUCAGACAUCUAUAUUUAAUGCCAGUGCCAAAAGUUAUAACGUAUAAAAAGUGCCCCUAUUAUUACCUCUGCCAAGGAUGUUAUGUUUUCAUCCCUCACUGUUUGUUUAUUUGUUUUCUUUGUUUGUUUGUUUGUAUGUUUGGUAGAAGGAUCACACAAAAACCACUGAACUAAAUACGUUUUAUUCCAGACAAAGAGGCAGAUCCAGAACCUGUUUUAAAUCACUUUCCCAAACAUUGCGAAAUAAGACUUUUGCUGACAUUUGAACCCCUUUUCCAGAGAUUGAGACAUGGAUCUUGAGGGAAAAAAUAAUAUUUAGGGUGACUGAUAUCUGGAAAUCCAGAAUAAUAUAUAGUUUUAAAUGGGGGUAGGUUUUUUUCUGCCCCUGUAUGUUAAUACUUUUGGCCAAAUGCUGACCAAGAGGCAGAUACAGGAAUUAUCCCUUGGCGGAGCUAUGCGCUCAACUGAGUGCCAUUCUAGUUUAGUUUUUUUCAAAAGUGAUUGACAGUUUGGUUGUCUGACAUAUCAACACAUGUUAGUCUGUUGCUAAAAAUAACUGACAGGUAGUCUCAAGUGAUGCACAUAAGACAGUUUGAUGGGUCCUUUUACAGACCUGUCAUCACCAGUGAAGGAGGAACUUGUCUACAGUCUAAUGUGAUCUGAUACAGCAGCCCUGCAGAGAACACAUGACGUUUACAAUGUUUCAAUAUUGUUGUAGCACUGUAAGAGGUAUUUCUUCUAAUCCUUGGUGUUUGGUGUUAUUGUUUCAGAUGAAUUAACAGGCGAUAACAUUGGAGUUCUGCAAACCGAACACAAAUGUUGUCUGAAGCAUCUAUCGCUUGAGGAACUUGCUGUCAAUAUCAAGCUUUUUUUGUGUAAAUCUUGACAAUAACACUGGUUCAGAUUUGAACUGGUCAUUGAAACAAUAACUUGUUAUUUGUGUGGACUCGAGGUGUAGAUUUGCUACUGGACUGAAAACCUGACUUGAAAUAUGCACACACACACACACAGUGUAGAGCUCGUUUUGUUACAGGUAUAAUUCAGUAUAUUGCAAUGUUCUCUAUAUUGUACUUUCCUUCAGUGCACGUUUAGUGUUUUGUGUGUACGUGAGUUUCAGCAGUAUUGAUGCAGGCCUCCAGUCAUUAGCAGUGUCAAUAGUUUCUAUACUUAGACCUUAACCACUGAGACAGAGUGGUUGAGCCAAGUGGAGCAGAGGUCAUGAUAUUUAAAGCAGAAAGUUUAUUUUUAAAACACUUAACAUUUAGUUUAAAAAAAAUUUGUUUAACUCUUAAAUAACAUAUAUGAUCACUUUUAUUAUUGUUAUUCCUAAAAGUCACCAGAGAAAAUACCAUAAGUUAGUAAAGUCCAGAGUGAUGCCUUAAAUAAUAAAUAAUAAUACCUCACAAGAUGAUGUUUGAAACAAAAAGUUGAUUGCACAUAUUUAAUCAGCAAAUAUUGUUUUUUUUUUGUCCCUUUUUAAAAAGUUCAAUCACCUUAAAGUUAUGUUAAAAAAUUUACACAAGUACCAGAAUGAUUCUUGUCACGUCAAGUUUCUAAAACUACUGUUUUGAUUUUUUUUAAAUUAAAUAAUGAAUGCUUAAAAUCUGAAACUAAUUAACUUUUCAAACCAAGCAUUCAUCUUCCACCUUAAGUACUUAACAGUUUGCGAUACAUUAGAAUUUCACAACCAUCUCUAUUCAGUAGCUCUGUUAACUGAAUUAAACUCCCAACCUGCAUCUGUCUGACCAGCUAUCUGUCAUCACUGUUAAUCGAUGCUGUGAUAAUUGACCAAUGAAUCAGGUUUAGGGGAAAUGUAGCGUGGAGGUGAUGUGUGAGACUAACCAGGCUGCAUCAGCAAACUUUAACAGAAGAGCAGUUGAUCCAAGUCUAGUGUUUUGUUAUCUGUAGUCGUUACCUGAGGUCAUUAAGCUUUGGUGGAAGACGGCUUGAAACCGUCACAUGUUCUGAACUGAUGCUUCCAAGCGUUGGGUGGAAAGCAGACAGUGACUGAAGCCGAGUGAAGGACAGUUACUGACACUUAAGUGCCUAGUGAGGAAUAGUCACGUUUUUACUCUGACUGAGCUACUCCUACUAACCUUUGUGAAGGUUGCUUCCAUUUUCUGGCCUUAGGGUUUGACAUUUCUCAAGUAUUGAAGAAGCAGCAGGUGGUUUGAUUGUUAGACGCCUGUGACAGAAUGUAAAACUUCAGGUGUAGUUUUCGUAUGGGAAUUUUUGUAAAACUUUAAAAACUGCCUUGCGCAUGGGUGGGAUGUGCGAUUCUCGACUCUGGGACACAUGAGGUCAAACUAUUACAACCCUUUUGGAGCUGAUUUGAGGAACAAGGGAGGAUUUAAUAUCUAUUUGUACCUUGAUUAAUAUGGUAUGGCAUUAAGAGAAUUGUAAAAUUAACUCCCCACCUCUAAAUCCAAGGAGACAGGUAGACACAAUGAUCAAAUAGUAUUAUAGAUAGAGUCUAACUAACCUAGACAAUCAUUAAAUGCCAAAAGUUUUAUGUUUUGUAUUUGUUUCAAAAUAAAAGUAUGUUCUUUGUGAAGGACCUGACCGUGGCUUAAUGAGAUGAAAUACUGACACACUACAACAACAACAAAUGGCCAGCAAGUCAUUUUAUUUGCUCCAAUCAAGCACAUUGUUUGUACAAUGCAACUGUGUUGACAUGUUCCAGCAGAUCAUCUUGUGUGUUUUUGAUCCAGUGUUGCAGUGAUAUAAUGACUGCCUUGUAAAUCCUAGUGGUUUGUGCCAACUGAAUGUAAAUGUACCUACUAAUACGACACCCUGUGUCCAGUCUGUAGUGUUCAUGGUCAAACUGAAGGAAUGUUUAGAAAUAUCAAAUUCUUAAAUAAACUGGAUGUCGACAACA